GGGGCCGGAGCCUUAACGGUGGCUGGCCCCGGCGGUGCAAGGGGCCGGUCCCGGGGAGCGGGACCCCGCCGGGGGCCGCUGCUAGCGAUGCCUCCCCCGCGGAGGGGGCAGCCUCCGCCGCGGUGUCCCGCGGGUGCCCGGCGCGGCGCUGCUGCUGCGGGGCGCGGGGGCCCGGUACCCGCCGCCGAGCAGCUUCGCGGGCGGGGGCGAUGUCCUCGCUGGUGAAGGAGGACCUGGCGAAGAGGCUGUUCGGCCCCCGGCGGCAGAGGCUCCACGAGUUCAUCGAGGUGGAGGGCUCGGGCGCCGAGCGCUGCUACCUGUGCGCCGCAGUGAACAAAAGUGAAGAAGUAGAAAUAUGUAUGGUUAAACACUUGCGAGUGGAUCGAGAGGAGAAAUAUGAAAUAGUUGAAAAGUGGUUUUUGAAAGAUCUGGAGAUGAUUGAUGGAAAAGAAGCAGAUACUGAUAAUCCAUAUUUUGAUAUGCACUUCCACAAAGUCUACAAUCUGGAAGCAUAUAGUUGCGCAUCUAAAUAUACCUUUGCUCGAACACUAAACAAACUGAAUGAAAUGUACCUUAAGAAGGACUUGAAGAUUGUGAACUUUGAUGACACCUACCUAAACGAUGAUUCAAUCUGGUCAUCCAACAACAGGGAUUGCUUAGUACUGAUGAGGAUAUGUUUCUAUGCUUCCAACCUUUUAUGUCUCUCCCUGUGUCCUUUGUCCUAAAGAUGCCUUUUCUAACACUAAGGUGACUGGCUGACUUUCACUGACCAGCAUUUCAUAAGUCAUCUGAUCAAAAAGAUAGUAAGUGAUAUGCAGUAUCUGCUUUUUAAUUUUACAUAUAAGUAAAAAAUGGAACAUACUUUUUACAUAAACGAUUGACCAUUCAUUUAUAAAUAUCUGGAGGGCCUCACUCUAGCAAAUAAUUACAAAUAUAUGAGACUUUCAAUAUAGACCAGUAAUUCUCAUGGUCAGUGGCGACUGCUUAUGUAAGUAGAGUUCAGCAUUUGCUCAUAUGUUCAUUGAGGUAUAAAUUAUCUUUCAUUAAUAGCUGGAAAUAUUUUUAAAGCAUCAAGAGCAUUAACUGUUAAUUUAUGUCCUGGAAUUAGAAAAAAAAGAAAGCAACCAAAUGAGUUCUGUAUAAGAAUGACACACAUUUCCAUUUUGAAAUGUGUUGAAAUAUAGAACUCCAUUAAAAAGAUCACACCUGUAUCAAUACAAGAAUCAAACCCUCAUCCUGAUGAAUCGGAGUUUUGCAUUCAGGUACCACGGGACCAACUUUUCAUGGAUGCAGUUCUGUUAUUUUUCUCUCAGAGCAUUUAGUACUCCCUUUGGCCUUCCCAUUAUUUGUGGUACUGUCUUAGAAAAUGAAUGUUCCUAAGCAGAAUGGCUUUAUUUGUCAGACCUGUUGGAACAUUUUUCUUUUGUAUCAUUAACAUCUUCUUUCUUCCACUUUUUUGCUCACAUGUAUGAACAGGUCCGGUUAGGGAACAGAAAUUGUUUGUUUAUGUCUCUUCUCUACCUCUGGACCAAGAGUUAACAAAAUACUAUGUAAACAGUAGUUGUUGGCUACUACAAUUACUUUGUAGGCAAGUGACAGACUUUUCAAAAUUCACAGAAUUAUGAGAGUAAUUUUCACCAGUUUCUAGCUAUGUGUUAGCAUAUUCAGAGCACUACUGAAAAGCGUAAUAGUACUUAGAGUUACUUUUAACAUGGGAUGGAGUCUACUGAGUGGUUUGGAACGUCUUGCCCAAAACAAAAAAUAACGGCUGGACUUGUGACAGUGUUACGUUACAGCAGAAACAGAGGAUGAGUUAAAGCUGUAUGGAGCAAGAGCUGAAAGCAGAACAACGUUGACGAUAAGAAGCACAGUGAUACUACCCAGUCUGUCAGCUAAGCUGGUUGGCUGCUCUUCCCAUAGUGUCUAAUAAAGAAAUGCCAACCCAAAAGGUCAUUCAGAGAAGCUGCUGGUCAGAAUGUCCUGCAGGAGAAAAUUUGCUUUCUCUUUUGGCAGCCAAGAGACUAGCUGUGGACUAAACCAGCUACGUACCUAAAGCUGACUGAUGUGAAUAGCUCCUAGGAAAUCAUGAGCUGGUUACUGUCCUUUCUCAGUACCUGCCGUCUGUGAAAUGGGAUGGUGGCACAAGGGUGCUGUGACUCGUACUUCACUGUUGUCUUACACAUGAACUCCCACCUUUGAAAACAUUUGUGUAAAUGUACUUUGCAUUCAAAAUCAAAAUAACAUCAAAUAAGUGAGAAUAUAUUUGAAAAACUGUAUAAAAUGUACAGCUUUCUACUUUACUUUUUAAAUGUUAUCCUAUUGCUUGUAUAUAGGAAAGGCCAUACUCUGAUUAGCUGAUCUUCAGAAGCUAUGGAUUUAUUCUAGGCAUAUGUUGUAAAUUACAUCAAUUUUAACCCAAAUCUUAGUAAUUAUGUAUAUCUUGACAGUUGUGAAGGCAGUUUAUGCGGGUAACACAAAUCUUCUGGAAUUUGUAAUGACUUAAGUCUUACAGUUGCUACCUAAAUACUGUUAGAGAGAAGGACUGUAUUUAUAGUAAUUGUCUAUGAAAUGCAGUUGCCCUUUUCAGAACGUCUUUGGGAUAAGCCAGUGUAAGUAUGUGUGUUGUAACAUGUGAUCCAUAGCUACCAGAACUGUCUGCCCAACAUCCAGGUUCUACAAAACCAUCUUCAAUAGCAGGUAUAAUUCAGACUACUGUUAUCUAUGGCACAUUGUGUCGUUUGGACUGUGUAUUAAUUGUAGAGGUCACAAUGUUUUCUGUAAUCUUUAUAAAUUCUUCGCUUCAUAGGCACAAGGGUGGAAAAGCUCCCAUCAUUCAUCUUGUAAUAGUAAUAAAACCCUAGAACCUCUAAUAAUAAGCACUUCAGAACAUUCUUUUGAAAUAAAGUACAGGUAUAGUGAAUUCCUGACCAAUAAUUUUCUGUAUCAUUUUAGAAACUGAUAAGCUAAAAAUGACUAUAAUGCUCAACCAUAUUUAAUGGACUUGCAUCAGUAGUUUAUAUCUUUCUAUUCUUGUACUGUAUAAACAUUAAACUGACUAUAUUAGAAGACAAAUAAGCCUGUAUUUUAUAUGGAACAAUAUGCAAUUAAAAUCUGUUUGGCAUUUCUUCUGUCUGAUCACAUAAUAUUUCAGACAUUCUUCACUAAGCGAUCAGACUAAACAAAAGGAAAGAAGGGACAUUGUCCAUGUAAAUUAUUUCAGUUACUAUUAAAAGGAAAAAUACUUUAAAAGAUCUUUGCGGACCUAAUCUAGGGACUGCUUAGAUUUACACAGUUCUUUGUAAGAUGUCAAAUACCAAGACACUGUGUAAUUGCUAGACUGACUUGAUGGCACUAUGGAAAGUCUUUGUCCUGAGGUGCAGGAGACUGUGACUUUGCGGUUAGUAUAGCACAGCUGCACCACAGCAGAUAGAGAAUGGGCUAAAUUAUAAAUGGAAAAGACCUGACUGACUAAAUAGCCCAUCUUUCAAUUACUGCAGAAUUGUCUCCUACAUCGCAUUUCCUGACAUUGGAUAUACAGAAUGUAGUUUGAAACACAGUA